UGCUGUCAGACUUUAGAAAAUUGAGCCUUCUCUUCUCCUGUUCUGUUGGUUUUGCUCGCUUUCCAGCUUAUUGUUCUUCUCAGCUUCUUCUCGCUCUCUCUGUCUCUGGUUCCUGCCGAGAAGAAAAAUGGCGUUUGGAGCCAGGAACGAGCAGGAAGUCAGAGGGAUCGUGAAUCCUCGCACCGACAAAAGAGACUACCGAAGAAUCGUUCUUCACAACGCUCUCGAGGUCCUCCUCAUCAGCUAUCCAGAAACUGAUAAGGUUCUUUUAGUGAUCCAGAAGGUCUUGAAGGCCUCGCGCAUUUUCUUGGUCUAUGCAGCUGCUACUGUCUUUCUUGUACCAUUUUUGGAGAGGAAAGGAAAUUUCCUGAGAUUGCCGCCUAUUUGAUAGAUUGAGGAAAAUCACAAGGAAAUACUAAAAGGAGGAGAAAAAGAUUUAGCUUUUCAGAGGAAUAGGAUGUGGAAGAGUAAAUAAACAGAACCCAGUGAGUUUGGGAGAACGAAGUAGCUUGCUCCAAGCCUGUACAUCUACUUUUGAGAAGAUGGUUUGGACUUAUAAACCCAAGAUGUAGACAGAAGCUUGAACUAGCUGCUAGCACUGAUUUUAGGCACUGGAGAAAGAAGAUAGUGAAGAUGGAAAUAAUUCUGAUUCUAGCAGUUAUUCUAAUGAUAAUGAGGACGAAAGGCCGGAGAGCAAAUCUAUCACCACCUCUUGGCCUCAAAGUUACAGGUGGUAUCAUCUUAUCGCACAUAUCUAUAUUUGUUUCUUUCUACAUCUAGCUAUGGUGUUCUCUACGUUUGUUCUGUUCUUGUUCUGCAGAUUCUGUAUUUAGCAGUGAAGCACUUGGUUUCUUGAAAGCUGUUAUAUUUAUAUGGUACCGGAUGUUUAGCUUUACCUAUUCAUUUUUGGCUAGGAGAGAUAUUUAGAAAUGGGAUUGAAAUGCUUUCAUCAUUCAUAUUUUGGAGCUUCUUCAAGUAUUUUCAUUCUGUUUCGGCCAUGAAUAUCAAUAGUUUAUGAGUUUGAAUGGAUCCAGUAACAUCAGUAAAGGAUAGCUAUGGGCUUAAGGUAGGCUAUGUAAUGUUAUCAAAAGGCCAGAGCAUUUUAUGUCUUCCCUGGAUCCUUCUUCAGCUUAGCGGAACUUGGUAUGAUGCACUUAUAUUGCUGACUACUGCCUCUAUUGAAAAGAUUUUCCUUCGUCAUGAGGGACUGGUGGUUAAUCCCUGUGAACCAUCUUUGGAAGUGAAUUGUCGUUACUACAUUUAUCAAUGGUAGAAACCAUAUUUUGGAUAUUACCUUUCAUCGAACCGCUGAUUCUGGAAGAGAAGUUUCCAAACCACAUCCAGAGUAUUCAUUUCAUGGGCUUUAGACUGAACCAAUUUCCAUAACUUUGGUGUGUCAUAACAUCUGGCCAGAACUAUACCAACUUUUAGACCGUCUGCUAGAUAUUUUGAUUGAAAUAAGUGCCAGAGAUCCACUCUCCUCCUCCAAUCAUGUACCAGCGUUUCUUAUUUGCAUCAGUUUUCAGUUGUUUUUGGAGAGGAUAAAACAUACUGGUUUGAUCAAGAGUACAACCAUCACUCCCUCAUGUGCAAUUCUACCAGCUGCAAAUAAUUUGGCUCUUAGCUUUUAAGAUUUAGAAUCAAUUCCAAUGGUUCUUUGUUAAUUUGUUUUAAACUUGCACAACUGGAUUAUAUAUUUGAGAAAUGGUUACAUUAGUCAUCUCACUUGGACUGUGUUCAAACUCUGGUUGAUAAUGCUUGGUAUCUCAUAUCCUUGUAUCAGGCAGUCCAUCGAUUUAUACAGCAGUGUACCAUCUCCAAGUCUUAACUUCCUGGGGACGCCUACGUUAUCACGUUUAGGCAGCUCAUUUAUCUCUUCUUCAUUAACAAGAAGAUACACUCCUGAAGUACUCCCUUCUUCGCAAAAACCUCUAUUACCACCAGUAGCAAAUGCACGGCAGCCACCAGAAAGGCGUAGUUCACUUUAAAUUUACACAAGCAGUAUGAGCCUGUCUAUGGUGAAUCAGAUGGCUUCUAUUAGCGAUGUCUUUUUCAUGUCUGCAAGAUAACAGUAUCUUUGCAUGGCUGAUUAACUGUUUGAAAGCUGAAUUUUGGUUUUCAGAAGGCCACAGCCAAAAGCUAAUUUGUGUUGCAGAGGCUCUGCCCCUUGGUGAUGCAUCUGUGGAUGCUGUAGUGGCCACACUUGUCCUAUGUUCUGUCAAAGAUGUUGACUUGGCGCUGCAAGAGAUUAUGAGGGUGCUAAAGCCAGGUGGGCUCUGUGUGUUUGUGGAACACGUAGCAGCAGAAGAUGGAACAAUUCGGAGAUUUUUCCAAGGGAUUCUUGAUCCUUUGCAGCAGUUUGUUGCUGAUGGCUGUCACUUCACUAGAAAAACUGGAGAAGUUAUUGCUAAAGCAGUCUUCUCAUCUGUUGAACUUCAGCGGGCAUUUGUGUCUUCUGCCUCAAUAGCAAAUCCUCAGGUUUAUGGGAUAGCUCGCAAGUAGCCUAGAUUAAUGUUAUGCCACAUAAAAUAUUCCUGCUGCAAACCUUGGAAUAAUUAUUUGAAUACUGAGUGUGUCUAGUGUAUUUGGAUAGAGUAUCAUUUGAAAUAUUAUUUAAAAUAAUUAAUGUAGCACUUUUUGUGA